AUGAAACAUUUUGACCAAAACCAAGUGCAGUAUGUAAGGAAGCAAAAGAAAAUCAGAAAAUGCCACAGCGUGUGGCAAAAAAUAAUUAGAAAAAGCCUUGGCUGCACAAAAGAAGAAAUAAAAAAAAGCAUCGCAAAUAGUAAGAGGGAAAAAGAAAGAGUAAUCUCCGUUCUGUAUGGAAGCGUCUUCAGAGGGAACAAAUACCUCCUGUACACAAAAAAAUGGAGAGGAAACACAUUAAAUGAAAUAAUCAAUCAAGACAGAAAAAACUACAUGAACUUGAAAAAUUUAAAAACUGUAGACAGUAGCUAUUUCUGCAAAUUAGCCUUUGGUUAUGUGGACCAGAAUGAUAGGAAUAAUUUUAAGAAAACAACACAAGCGGGGCAACUGAAAGAUUCUGACCCUAAGGGGGACACUAGCGCUUACGGAGGUGAUUACGGGAAUGCAAACCGAAACGGUGACGGGAAUGCAAACGGAGACGAUAACGGGAAUGCUGCCGUAAACACUGACCAAAACACUGAGGUAAACGCCGACGUCGUCCGUGUCCGUGCAAUCACCCAGCAGAGUGGCCCCCCCGGAGGAUACCACAGCAACCGACCCACCACCCACACCAACGCCAAGAAAACGCAACCCAACCAUAGUAAUAUCAUCACUAGAAAAAAAACACACCAAUUGGAAAAAAACACACCAAUGAACGAAAAAGAUGAAGUGUACGAAACAUUAAACUAUUUAGAAAAAAGAAGUUAUCGGAAUAGAUCAAGGGGAGACAACGAAAACUGUCUCAACGGUGGUACCAAUAGCAGCACCUACUAUUACUAUAGUAACAACUUCGGAAGUGGAAGCGCUAAUUUUAACUGCGCCGGUAAAUAUUACACUGUCAGCAGCAACGACAGCAGCGCCAGAAAUGCCAACAACAGAAGUGCAGCCACCCAAAGCAACCCAAACGAUGCAGCAUACUGCGAACCCCAGUCCGACGAAAAUACUAUGAUUAAAUACAAGUAUUUACCCACGGGUGUAUUCUACAGUAGAGUCUCCCGAUCCUUUAUUGCCAACUGGAUUGAUGAGAAAACGAAGAAGCAAAUUAAAAUGCCAUACAAGAUAGCCGAAUUCGGGAUCGAAAAAUGUAUGAUCUUAGCCAUCCUUUCUAGGAACCUUCGUAUUAGUAAUCUCAACAACGCCUUGAAAUGCUACGACAAGUUAACCCCCGACCAGAAGGAGAAGAUGCUCCAAGUCAUUAGAACGACGCAGAAGAGUGAAAAGCUCUUUAACGAUCUGCUUAAGCCCAACGGGAGGGAUCCGCCAAAUGGUAGGGAUCAGCCAAAUGGAAGAGGCUUGCCAAACGGGAGAGACCUGACAAACGGGAAGGAUACGCCAGAUGGGAGAGCAAAUCCAAGCGCUCUUCACAGUAGGACAUCCCCAAACGGCGCAGCGAACGGGCAGACCAACCAGGUCAACGUCCAAAGUGACUUGCUAAGCGGCCGAACUGACCUAUUAAGCGGACAUCCAAACGAGCCAAACGAGCCAAACGAGCCGAACCAGCCAAACCAGCCAAGGGGCCAGAUGGACCAUCUAACCGGUCAACCAAAACAGCUCACCUCACUCAGUAGCAACUCCCCGAACAAGAACAACGAACAGGAAUCGAAACACACGCCGGUCAAAAAGACAACUAUCGAAAAAAAAAAAGUUAAACAGUCCUACAAUAACUCGGAGAAUCUACCCACCGGCGUGUAUUUCUAUCAAGGCUCAUAUGUAGCCAAUUGGUGGGAAACACAACAAAAGAAGCAAUUCAAAGUUCCUUUUAAAAUAUCGGAGCAUGGAAUAGCAAGAGCAAAAAAUCUAGCAAUCAUUUCCAGAAUUAUCAGAUCAUCCUCUGUGCAACAAGUCAAUUUAAUUUUAUCUCAAAUAGAGCAAACAAAAAACAUCACAAAGUUGAACUAUGCUGCCAUUGCUGCUUUAGCUUUUAAAUAUAUAACCCCCCCUCCGAAAGAGGAGUAA